AUGACAAUACCGCCCGCACGCCGCAUCGCAGUCCUCGGCGCAGGCUUGUCCGGCCUGACAGCCGCGUACCGCCUCUCGACGCUGCUGCCAAAAUCCCAGAUCUACCUGCUCGACGGGGCGCGGCAAGGCGGGUGGGUCAAGAGCGACAAGCACGCCGUGUCGUUCACCACGCCGGCCGGCGAGCGGCUGCAGGGGACAAUAACAUGCGAGGCCGGGCCGCGGAGUAUCCGGCCUCGCGGCGGCCCCGGCGCACCAGCGAUGCUCAAGCUUAUCCGCGACGCGGGCCUCGAAGACGCGAUCGUGCCCAUCCCCUCCUCGCACCCCGCCGCGCGGAACAGAUACCUCCUCACCCCGGCCGGCCUGGAACGCGUCGCUCCGACGCCGCUCGCGCUGCUCAAGCCAGCCUCGGCCUCGGCAGCGCUGGUACGCGGGGCCGCGCUCGAGCCGUUCCGCCGCUCGCCGCAGCCCUACCCCGCCGACGAGAGCGUCGCCUCGUUCUUCAAGCGGCGCUUCGGCCCGCGCAUCGCACAUAUCGCCAGCGCGUUCGUGCACGGCAUCUACGCGGCGGACCCCGCGAGCUUGUCGUUGCGCAGCGCGUUCGGUAUCCUGCACGACGCGGAGAAGAAGUACGGCUCGGUGGUCCUUGGUAUGCUGAGGGGUGUCGCUACGCCAGAGGCCAAGGCUGCCGAGGCGGCUGCGUGGGCAGAGCUCGGGGAGCUCGGGAAGAAGAGGGAACAGUGGAGCAUGUAUGCCCUCUCUGGGGGCAUGCAGGCGCUCACGGCCAAGCUCGCGACCGAGGCCGCCGCGAACGGCGUCGAGGUGCGGUGCGGGGCUGAGGGCCGCGUGAGCGGGCUGACGAAGACCGCCGACGGCGUAGAGAUCGCGCUCCCAACGGGCCCGCUAUCCGUAUCCCACGUCGUCUCGGCGCUCCCGCCGCGCCAGCUCGCAGGUCUCGCGCCGCAGCUCCCUAACCUGACGGCCAACCCGUCCACGACCGUCGGCGUGGUCAACGUAGUGUACCCCCUCCCGCCGGGCGACAUCCACCCCGACGGAUUCGGGUACCUCAUCCCGCGCGAUGACGCGAGCCAGCACGCGGCCCUCGGGGUGGUGUUCGACUCGACCGCGCUCCCCGGCACGGGGGACGGCUCGCUCGAGGGCAAGCUGACCAAGCUGACGGUCAUGAUGGGCGGGCCGUACUGGGGCAGCUAUGGCGGAGCUGCGCCGUCCAGCGCAGACAGCCUCGUCGCGCCGGCGCUCGCGCAUCUGCAGUCCACGUUCCCCGUGCUGCGCGGCGUCGAGCCGCUGCUCGUCACGCCCCACCUGAACGCCGAAUGUAUCCCGACCUACGCGCCAGGCCACGGCGCGCGCCUGCGCGAGACACACGAGGCGAUCGCGAGGGACUGGGACGGGCGGCUCAGCGUCGUCGGCGCGGGGUACGGCGGCGUCAGCGUCAACGACUGCGUGUUGGGUGCAGAGCUGGUCGCGGGGGCUUUGGGCCGCGGAGAGGAGGGGGUGACGGGUCUCGAGCGGUGGGCCGAGUGGGAGUAG